UGUUUUCCGUGCUACCUGCCUCAUGGCAACCCGCUUUUAAAGCCACAACCCCAAAGUGCGCCUGCGGAAAAGUGCCUGGCAACACUACCGCACUGUGCGCCGACUGGAGCUCCGGACCAAACCGUUAUUCCGCCGCUGGUCAGGAUUGCACAACUCUCCGGAGCCACAUCAGGAAGACAUGGGAUGGGCCACUGGCAUCAAAGGAGCCUCUCAUCGUUUCGUGGCACAACUCUGAAGUGCAGAGCUGCUCGGAUUUGACUGAAUGUGGAGCUGGACACCAUCUGGCCGUAUGAUGAGUUUUACCUCCCCGUAGGUUUUACUGUAAGCAGCGAGAGCAGAGCAGCCAUUACCCUUCAGUGUUUCAUCUGAAUGGAAAUAUGGACACCUUCAAUGGAGGAAUUUUGACUCAACAUGUCCAGGAACUAUGAGCCUGGUCACUCAGUAGGGAUGUUGGCUGCCGUGGAACAUGGUCCCAUCCUCUGCAGCGACUCCAACAUCCUCUGCCUGUCGUGGAAAGGCCGGGUCCCCAAGAGCGAGAAGGACAAGCCGGUGUGCCGCCGACGGUACUAUGAGGAGGGUUGGCUCGCCACGGGGAACGGGAGAGGAGUCGUUGGGGUGACUUUCACAUCGAGUCACUGCAGGAGGGACAGGAGUACACCUCAGAGAAUCAAUUUUAACCUGCGAGGACACAACAGCGAGGUUGUGCUGGUGCGUUGGAAUGAGCCCUUCCAGAAACUGGCCACCUGCGAUAUGGAGGGAGGCAUUUUUGUGUGGAUCCAGUAUGAAGGAAGAUGGUCUGUGGAGUUAGUGAAUGACAGAGGAGCCCAGGUGAGCGACUUCACCUGGUCCCAUGAUGGCACUCAAGCCCUCAUCGCGUACAGAGACGGCUUCGUGUUGGUCGGCUCGGUCAGCGGGCAAAGACACUGGUCCUCUGAGAUUAACCUGGAGAGUCAAAUCACCUGUGGCAUCUGGACACCUGAUGAUCAGCAGGUCUUGUUUGGCACGGCAGAUGGUCAGGUGAUAGUGAUGGACUGUCACGGACGGAUGCUCGCCCAUGUUCUGCUGCACGAGUCUGAUGGGAUCGUGAGCAUGUCCUGGAACUGCCCCGACUUCCUGGUGGAGGACAGCACAGAGAGCGACACCGACUCCGAUGACAAUAUUCUGCCUUUAGUGCGGAGAGUCAAACCUUUGCUGACAGUCACCUUCUUGUCAGGAGAUAUCAGUCUGAUGAACAACUACGAUGACCUCUCUCCUGCUGUAAUUCGCUCAGGGCUGAAAGAUGUUGAGGCCCAGUGGUGUUCCCAGGGAGACCUCCUGGCUGUAGCUGGCAUGGAGAGACAUGGACUCCCUGCUGAGUCUGCAUGUGCAUCCAUUAUGAGGAACGCCCUCGUUAAGUUCUAUAACGUCCAAGGAGAACACAUCUACACUUUGGAAACCCCAGCACAGAGACCCAUCACCACCAUCUGUUGGGGUCACAGAGACUCUCGCCUCUUCCUCGCCUGUGGACCGGCGCUCUAUGUGGUCCGGGUGGAGCAUCGGGUGGCCAGCCUCCAACUCUUGUGCCAGCAGGGCAUUGCCAGCGCCCUGCGAGAGGAGAAAGACGUGGGGAAGCUGAACAUGCCCUCACUGCUCUGCUCUUAUGUCACCACCGCUUUCAUACCCACCAUCAAGCCUCCGAUUCCCGACCCCAACAACAUCCGUGACUUUGUCAGCUAUCCCACAGCUGGCAACGAGAGGCUCCACUGCACCAUGAAGCGAGCAGAGGACAGUCCAGAGGCCGGCGGUCCCUGUUACACUCUCUACCUGGAGUAUUUAGGAGGGCUGGUGCCGAUUCUGAAAGGACGGCGCAUCAGUAAACUGCGGCCAGAGUUUGUCAUAAUGGAUCCAAAAAAUGACGGCAAGGCAGAGGAGGUGUGUGUGAAUCCCAUGAUCUCGUACACUGACAGCUGUAACUGCUCUGACUCCAGUGACAUUGAGCUGAGCGACGAGUGGGUUGGAAAAAAGUCACCAAAGCUAUCCCGAGGAAACAGGUUAACCAUGGAAUCGAGAAAAUCUCCCAAGCUUUCUCGUGCCAAUCAGGAAGGUCAGCGGUCGCCACGGUUACCGACUAAGAAGCCUCCAGUUCGGUCGCCGAGUCUGACACGCCGAGAGUUUUCUAUGGAUGGAAUCACAGAGCACAAUUAUCUUGCACAAGUCACAUCUAACAUUUGGGGGACAAAGUUCAAAAUUGUUGGACUCGCUUCUUUCCUUCCUGCCAAUCUUGGUGCAGUCAUCUAUAAGACCAGUUUGCUUCAUCUGCAACCGAGACAGAUGACGAUCUACCUUCCAGAAGUGAGAAAGAUUUCACAUGACUUCAUGAGCCUGCCAGUGUUCAACCCCAAUGUCUUCAGUGAGGAUGAGGAUGAUUUGCCAGUGAUGGGGCCGUCUGGAGUGGCAGGAGACAACCCUCCUUGUACCGUCAACAUUCCCAUUGCUCCCAUCCACAGCCCAGCUCAAGCCAUGUCCCCGACUCAGAGCAUCGGCCUGGUUCAGUCCCUGUUGGCCAAUCAGAAUAUUCAGCUGGAUGUCCUGACCAACCCGACAGCAACUGCAGCAGCAGCAGCUGCAGCGGCAGCAGCUUCUGUCCCUGUUACUGAUCAUGGCCAGGACACGGUUGCAACACCGUACCCUGUGCCAACUAGAUACUCAAACCCUGGUCAGGUGAUCUUCAAUGGGCUGGAGAUGGGUCCUCUUUUACCUGGUACUCUGCCUCCCCCACCUCCACCUCACCAUCUCCCACCACAGCCUCACCCACAGCGGUCUCAUUCGCAGCAGCCUCGCCCACCGCCGUCCAAACAGUCCCAACAAAUGCAGACACAGCAGCAGCAACAGCAGCAGAAAAUGCAUCAUCAUCAACAGCAGCAGCAGCAGCUACAGCAGCAGCAGCUACAGCAGCAGCAGCUACAGCAGCAGCAGCAGCAACAACACCAUCAUCAGUCGCAGAUGCAGCAGCAGCAGCAGCAGCUACAGCAGCAGCAGCAACAGCUACAGCAGCAGCUACAACAGCUCCACCAUCAGCAGACGCUACAUCAGCAGCAGCAACAACACCAACAACACCAAGUUCAGCAGCACCAACAAAUGCAACAGGCUCAGCACCAAGUGACAAGCCAACAGCUGCACCACCAACAGCAAAUCCAACAGCAGCAGCAGCAGAUGCAGAUGCAGCAUGAGCAGAUGCAACAACAGCAGCAGCAGAUGCAGCAGCAGCAGCAGCAAAUCCGGCAGCAGAUCUUAGAGAUGAGGCAGCAGCAGCAGCAGCUCCAGCAGCAGCAUCAGCAGAUCCAACAGCAACAUCAACAGAUGCAGAGGCAGCACCAACAAAUGCAGCAGCAGCUAAAGAUGCAGAUGUCGCUGCCUCCUCCUCCAUCUGGCUACCCGACCAUUUCCUUACAACAGAUUCAUCUUCUGCCUCAGAUGCCUCCUCCUAUCACUGACCCUGGGCUCGAUAGGGGCGACCACGGACACACUCUGAAGCCAAGUCUGCCCCGGACUUUACCCCCAUCUUUCAAUGACACUGAUGGGCCUGUGGAGAUUCAGAUGAGGAAGGUGAAUCCUCCUCCUCCAUAUCCAGGGACUGUGGUUUCUGCAGCAGCAGCGGCAGCAGCGGCAACAGCCGCUGCCACUCCUCAAACUCUUGUGACAAACUGUGACAGCCCAAGUGUCCUGGCGCCAGACCCCUGCCUGAAGAAGGAUGAGUUUUUGCUCCACCCUGUCACCCUGCAGUAUCCAACACCUCUGGGGUAUGAAAGGAUCACAACCUUUGACAGCAGUGGCAACGUGGAGGAGGUCUGUCGGCCUCGCAGGCGGCUCAUUCGCAACCAGAAUGCGUACGCUGUCCACAGCAUCGGGGGCUCAGCCACGCUCAAAGUCACCUCCUCAGAGAAUAAAAAAAUUCAACUUCCAUACAGCUCCGCAACAUUAAGUCGCCUGUCUGUCCCUCGUUAUUCUAUACCAAGUGGAGACCCUCCUCCUUACCCUGAUCCAGCCAAUCAGGUCACUGCUACACUUCCUCCCCCUCAGAGGAUCGAUAGCAGUCUGAUUCAUGCCACUCUACGUCGUGACCGCAGGGAUGUGGGACUCAAAGUGCCACAGAUGAUGGAAAGCUCAAGAACCCUUCCCACAAAGGCUAAAAUGAACAGCGCAUUAGCACUUUCCUACCAGCAGAGGGUGCCGACUGCUUUGUACACUUGCACACAGUGCAGCAGCAACAGCAGCAGCACCAGUGUGAGUGUCAGCGGUGGUGGAACUACAAGCAGCGGCAUUGCAGGAGGCACGGUGGUGAGGCAGGACUUCCCACCAGGGAAAGGGGCACAUCACAGUACCAUUAUAGUGCACUCGAAAAGUGCCUCACCGAUGGCCUCUCAGUCAUCGUACAGCCUGCUGGGUGCUGUUGAUAACAGCCGAGACAGGACAGUAUACGUGAACUCCGCCUUCACCGAGGACGAGACUUUAAAUCAGCAGUGUCACCUUGAAAAAUCUGUACGUCAGCUGACUCUCGGCGACGUCAGCUUGACAGUUAAACGCCCUCCGCCUUACCAGUGGGACGCCUCCACCACAGAGGAGUUCUGGCUCACCCCAGAACAAACCAUGUUAGCCCCCCCACCAGGACCUCACAAACCUCCUCCGCUCAUCAUCAGUCAGGCUCAGCACUUGGACGUGACUCGACUUCCGUUCGUCCUCACGACUAAACCUCCAACCAGUCCGAGCACGAGCACGCUCACUUUUCCGUCAGGUUACCAGAUAUCCUUGUCGCCUUUCCCUCCAGGUGUUGGUCACAGUGGACCCCCGCUCCAGACCUUGCAGAACCCUCCUCCACAGUGUUCCCCAAAUGAAGUGGUCACUUCAGUCCCCUUCGCUCAACAGGACCCCAACCUGGUCUUACCACCUGGUUACCCUCCAAAUCUGGCCAACUUAGCCUGCUGCCCUCUGCCCCCGCUGUACCCAGGAGCCAGCUCAUGUGCCGGACUCCAGCUGCACCCCGUCAGCCUCCACCCCUGGAACCCUUACCCCUGCCCACCGCCCAUGCAAGACCCUCCUGCACCUCCCCUCCCCACCAAAACCCACCAGAUCCUAGAGAAGCCAAUCCUCUCGCCACCUCCCCCUACUGCGCCGCCUCCACCACCUCCUCUUCCACCUCCUCCGCCGCCGACUGAGUUGCCACCAUCCAAAAGUGCCGCAGAAGAUCUAGCCGAGUCUGCCAACAACUUCCCGGAGCCAUCGUCCCUGAAUGAAAGCCCCGUCCCGCAGGAGUCCGAGCGCUUCAACAAGAAGAGCCGCAAAAGACUCGACAGCAGGGCCGAGGAGGCCAACAUGCCCACCGUGUCCGAGGGCAAAUCCAGAAAGGAAGGCCGAGCGCUGUCCGACUUCAACACUCUCAUCUCCAGCCCGAGGCUCGGUAGCAGAGAGAAGAAGAAGCCGAAAGGCCAGAGAGAGCAGCUCAAUAAAACAAAGAAGAUGAGCAGGACCACAAAUGAGUUCCAGGAUAGCUCCGAGAGUGAACCGGAGCUGUUCAUUAGCGGCGACGAGCUCAUGAAUCAGAACCAGAGCAGUAAGAAGAGCUGGAAGAACAAGAGGAGUAUGCGUAUGGCGAGUGAACUAGAGGAGAUCAAAUGCCGCAAGGCAAAUGAAAGAGAGGACCGCAGUUUAGGCAGCCAAGGAUUCGUCUAUGUGAUGGCCAAUAAACAGCCAUUGUGGAACGAAGCCACCCAGGUGUACCAGCUCGACUUUGGAGGUCGAGUCACGCAGGAGUCGGCAAAGAAUUUUCAGAUAGAACUGGAUGGUAGACAGGUGAUGCAGUUUGGAAGAAUAGAUGGAAAUGCUUACAUCUUGGAUUUCCAGUAUCCUUUCUCAGCAGUGCAGGCAUUUGCUGUCGCCUUGGCCAACGUGACUCAAAGGCUGAAAUGAAAGCUGUUGUUGUAGAUUCAUUCAAAAGAAGCCACCGCGGUCUCACGGUCCAAUUCGUGGGACUCUAGCUGAGUAAAUUCUUUUUAAAGCAGACAUUAAUGUUCAAGUUGGUGUUGCACAUGCAGAUAAUUUACAAUCAGUAGGCUGAAGGUAAAGUGGAGAUCAGCGAUCCUGGAAGUUAGAUCAGUUAGUCCAUAGUUUCUAUUUCAUAUCUUGAAUGUAGUGGAGCUGGUUUUGUUACUAGAGCAGUAUUUAUCGGAAAUCUCUCUUGGAAGAGCAAAAGGGAAACUAAAUAUGUGUUGCAAUGAAUAUUAAAAGCAACCUGGAGGUCCAGUGCCAUAUGUAGUGCCAAAGACAUCUUCCCACUCUUGUAUUGCAAAUUGAUAACAUUUGUGGUGUUUAUGAAAUAAAACGACAAAUACGUGAAGGUACGGUGGCAUUCAAAAUUGAUAGUAUAUUUUCACUAAGCCAUAUCAUAUCUUAUAUAAAUUCUGCACUAUUUUAAUUCAGAUUUGAUUAAGAUUUAAGUAAGUAAAUUAAAGUUUUAUUAUUUAAUAGUAUUAAACCUAUUGUUAUUUGCACGUUUCUUCAUUCAGAACCCAUUUUUCAAGGUAGUAUGUUCAGUUUUUGGUGGUCUUUUACAUUAUGUUGAAAUUGCUUAACAUGCAAUAGAGGAAUAUAUUGAUUUGGUAACUGCAACGUAAAGAGUUGAGAACAGUUUGCCACAGUUUGUAUAUUUUCUAUCCAUGUUACUUCUAUGAAGUGGUGCAAUGAACAUAGUAAAUCAUAUUCUUUUUGGGCACAAUAUUGCAAAUCGUUGUGCAGAGCCAUUGAAAUCCUACAUUUUACAUUUGUAAAUUUAAACAUGAUCUGUUUGUCGACCAUUGUUGCCCGUGUUUAUUUUAAAAACUUCCCUGUGUGAUGGUUGAAAUUGUCAGAAAUAGUCUACAGUAAGCCUAUGAGUGCCAAAUAUAGCUGAAUGUUUGGCUGAAUGUAAGCUAGUGAAGGGACAAACAGAAUAAUUUUAUACAGAAAAGGUCAAUAUGUUCUCGAGGGGUCGACCGAUACUGCGUUUUCAGGGCUGAUACCAGUAGGGAUUAUUAGUAUUUGGGGCUAACAUUUGCAGUAAAAGUGGAAAUCUUGACGUCAAAACUUACUAAAACACAAACUCCAGCACAAAAUAUCAUUAAAUGUUUAACUAAAAGAGAAAUUUUCUUCAUUUAUCCAGAUCAAAGCCAAAAUACUUCAUUUUAAAAAUGCGAUUUUUAACAAACAACAAUGUGGAAAAUCCCAAAAAUGCUGGAUCCAAUAAUCGGUCGACCCCUAAUCUUCUUGAUCAGUCUUUCUUGGUUGGCUCAGUUUCGUUCUCAUUGAGUGUUUAUGAUGCUACUUGAAAUAUGCGUUUGAAUGUGAAGUACAGUAGUUUGCCUAUCCGAAAAUCAGUGCUGCUUUAGAUAGAUAGAGCUUGUGUGCAAUAACGCUAAAUACAUAGACCCGGUGUUGUACUUGCAAAAAAAAGAAAAUAUAAAAUGCUGCUUGCACUGUGUAUUUAGUAAGUGGCCAAACAUCAUUAUACGCUUAGAGAAAUGUGCUUAUAUGUUGCUAAAUUUCAGUAAUUUUUGUACUUCACCUUUGCUUUGACAUGUUAAAAGAGUUUUUUGAUGUCGACACUUGUAGAAAAAAAGACGACACAAACUUGAAAAGGUAUCAAAUAGAGCAUAUUCAAAAGAUUAACUGUUAGUGAGAGUGAGAUUCAUGUAGAUUUGGUGCUAAUGUAUAAAGAAACAAAUGUGAUAAUGUCGGGACAUUUGUCAUUUGUUCUUCGAAGAUUAUUUUGACCAGAAAGUAUUUUGAGAGGAGCUAAAGGAAAUGUAGUGAAGAGAUUUCAUUUAAGAGCUUUUUUUUUCUUUCAUUCAAUGCAGCUUCAGAGAAUUCAGUGUGUGUCAGUUAUCAGCAAUACUGCCUAAUGAAUAGUUUGCUGCCUGAUUUUUUUUCCCCUCUUGUUUUGUGAUGGAAACAAAAAUUAUAGGACUGUAGGUUUAUGAGGACCUAUAGGCUGGACAAAAUGUAAUAAAAAAUCUAUUGUUCCGA